UGGACAGGGAGAGUUAAGCGCGGAGGCGGUCCCCCGGAGUGGGGGCGGGCCCUGUGCGGGCUGUGGCUCCCAGCCGAGUGGGCUGCGGGGAUGCGGGGCACGAGCUGCGUGGGCGGCGGCGGCGAGAGCCCGGGUGGCGCAGGGCUGAGCGAGGGCCCGCGGGGCCGUUGGCUGCGCCUAGCCCCGGUCUGCGCCUACUUUCUCUGCGUCUCGUUGGCUGCCGUGUUGCUCGCUGUCUACUACGGUCUCAUUUGGGUUCCCACGCGGCCCCCUGCAGCCCCAGCCGGCCCGCCGCCCAGCGCGCAGUCCUCUCCGUGCGGAGCCCGCGCGGGUGCGCUGCCUGCCCCGGCGCCCGCCGCCGCCUCGGUCUCUUGCCUCCUGGGAGCCCCUGGCGGGCCGAGACCCCAGCUCGAGCUGCCGCGCAGCCGCCGCCGCCGCUACAGCGACCCCAGCCGCCGCCGCCGCCGCCCGAGCCGCCAGACGCUGGGGAAGACGCAGGAGGCCGCGGGGGGCCGAGGACCUGGGUAACCUUCCUUUUCACCCAAGAUGGACCGCCAGCCUUCGAGAGCCCGGCGCUCUCGCCGCGGAUGCGCCGGCUCCGAAUUGGUGUCUGGCUCCCUCUUCAUGACUAGCGUUUGCGGAGCUGUCAUCCUGAAGAAUGGGGGGCGAAUGGGAGCCGGCUCUGGUCCUCGAUCCUCGCAGCUUCUCCGCCCUCAGGCCGGGUCCUCCACCAGGCAGACCCCAUACUGAUCACUGCCUCCUGCUCCUCCUUCCGUAGGAUUCUGUGCACGGAGCCCUCAGCCUGACCCUCUCCCUCCGUGUGCAUCUAUCCACCUGCAAUAAACUCCAGCCCC